CUCGAAUACUACAAAACUCAUUGCAAUACAAGUUUAGCCUCAACUUCCUUGAAUGAUGUUUUCCCAAAAAUUGCGUUAAAGCGUCAGUUUGUGGGCAGUUUUCCCAGAAUCUUUGAUCUUGAAUCUCAUCUCUCGUAAUCUGUGAAGACUGUUAGCGUUCUGCGAACGUCAAAAUCACUCGUCUUGCAUACUUUUCUGCCCAUUGCGACUGACCAUUUGACCUGCAAUUAUUGCCACCCCAUGGAACUGUUCAGGAACUCCAGGAAGAGGCGCUCGUAAGUCAGAAGCAUGACGGGGUUGAGAGGCGGAGCAGGAGACUCAAAUUGAAAUAGGAUCCGAUCGGAAUCUCAUGGCCCGAUGGCAUCGACCUGGGGCCGAGCGCACGCAAUCAAGGCGGCGUUGUUGGUCGGAUUUAUUUUGGUGGUGCUCCUCAACUUCUUCAGUUACCACUACGAUGUCAAAUUUGACAAAUUGACUCACAUCCCAACUCUAUCUCACACAAGUUCUCCGCUGUUGUGGCCAAAGCGAACACGUUCCAGUACCGAAGUGGCCAACAUAACACAUUCAGGAUUGCCCUCAGUUAAUGCCUCAACUGCCUCACUAGCCAACUCUUCCACUGUCGCCGUCGAGGAGAGAAACACUUCCGCCAGCACCUCGACGACGCCGCACAUUCUCAAUGAGACCCUCCCGAUGGACUUGGAGCACUUUACGCGCGCCCCCGCGGAACCCGUUACCGGCAGCACCAAAUUCAUCAAGAGCCUGAUGACCACGCUGGGCCUGAACGCCUGUCCGCCCGUGCCGCCGGACCUCGAGGGCCCCAUCGAGGUGAACAUCACGGCGGACACGAUAGCCGGCGUGGAGCGCUGGCUGGCGCCCCGGCUGAAGCCCGGCGGCUGGUUCCGGCCGCCGUGCAACGCCAAAGAUCACGUGGCCAUCGUGGUACCCUUCCGCGACCGCGAGCCGCACCUGCCCAUCUUCCUGAAGAAUCUGCAUCCGUUCCUGCAGCGCCAGCAGGUCAACUACGGCAUCUUCGUGGUGGAGCAGACGUCGGGCAGCCUGUUCAACAGGGCGGCGCUCAUGAAUGUGGGCUUCAAGGAGGCCUCGAAGAUGGCCAACUGGGACUGCUUCAUCUUCCACGACGUCGAUCUCCUGCCCAUGGACGAUCGCAACUUGUACGUGUGUCCCGACCAGCCGCGCCACAUGAGCGUCGCCGUGGACACAUUCGGGUUCAAGUUACCAUAUAGUACAAUUUUUGGUGGUGUGUCGGCGAUGACGACAAAGCAAUUCCGUGCCGUGAACGGCUUCUCCAACUCCUUCUGGGGCUGGGGUGGCGAGGACGAUGACAUGUCGAACCGACUGAAGCACGUGGGAUUCCACAUAGCCAGAUAUCCCAUCAACAUCGCCAGAUACACCAUGCUGACACACAAGAAGGAGAAGGCGAAUCCAAAGCGCUACGAGAAAUUGGUCACGGGCUCGAAGCGCUUCGAGACAGAUGGACUCAACUCGCUGAAGUACACCGUGAAGGACAUUCGCAAGAAGCCUCUCUACACGUGGAUUUUGGCGGAAAUUCAGGAUGGAAGCUGAUAAGUGAUGAAGUGGCUUUGGGGCGGCUGGGGCUGAGAUCGGAUUGUGAGAGAAACGCAGAAUCUUCUAGGCAAUUUAUUAAAUUGUAAAAUCUUUAGUUGGGAAUCAUCAGUGUUGAAAAAUGUGUGAUAAAAACCCCCAUUAAAAAUCGUUGUAAAAAUGUUCAGAGAGAAAGGAAACAGAUCAAAUCUGUAAUAGAUAUUCAUGUCUCAAAUUUGUGAUUAGUUCAAAUUAUGAGUAUGUUAGGGUAUUGUACAAAGUAAUCUCAAUAUUCAAUAAAAUACUUCUAAUAUUCUUUAAGCAAUGCAUGAAUUCUCAAUUGUGGUAUAAUUUUAUUCACAAUUCAAGAUCAGUUUUUUUUUCCUUUGGAAUGUUAAUGGAUGAAAAAUACUGAGAAAAAAAUUGUAUAAACUCGAGAACACAUCAAAAAAAAAUUCAAUCAAAAUUGAAUAAAUAUCACAAUAUUGAUAUCAAUUACUGAAUUACCUUUUGAUAAGUAACACGUAUUACACUAGAUUACAGUUAUUUUUAGUAUCCUCAUUGAUUCAUUUAUGUGCGAAAUCCCAUCUUCGAGUAUAUAUUGCACUCUUACUGAAACUAAACCUCCAAAUAACUACUAAGCAACUGAAGAAAAUCUGUAGUGAUACUGAAGCUUCCUUACAACACAGUUCUUGCAUUUGUAUUCAAAUUCUGAUUAGUAAUUAUGAGAGUUUUCACAAAGGCUGUUCGACUCUUGAUGAAAACCUUUCUAAUACAUAAUGAAUAUAGUGUCUUUCCAAAGAUUUUCCAAUAUACAUAUAUAUUCAUAAAGAGAGAAAACUUUGAUAUAUGAAUCAAAAUAUUCAUGAAUAACACUAAAAGUCAUGAAGUAUAGUGUGCAAUAUAGCGACAUUUUCCUAUCGAGAGUAUCUAUCAAAGUAUGCAGCAAAAAGAGUCAUUCCAUUUUAUAUUUAUGUAAUAACAUUUUAUAGUUUGGAGUAACAGUGAAUCCACGUGAUUUCUCUCUUCGCAUAACACUUCAUUGUUCACAUUAAGCGUUAGAAGCAUGGAGAAAAUGAAAAAUUAAGUGAGAUCAUCGCGUCAAUUAGAAUUUGUAGUCUUGAAUGUCAAAAGUAUUGCAAAUAUUUCGUUGGAUUUCUUCACUGAAAAGGUGUCAAAUGCCAAGGGGCCGAUCUACUUAAAGUGGACAAAAUCUUGUAUACUGAAUUGCAUCUCAAUUGAAUUUUCAUUUCUUGAUAAGUGCCAUUGGAUGUGAAGGUUGAAAAUUGUGAAAUACAGAUUUCUCUAAUAGAAAAGUGGGAGCACAUUAAAGAUAGGAAGAAAAAAACACAUAAAUUGAUAUUCUCUAUUAGUAUAGAAAAAUCCAAUCUGAAGCUAUCUUGGCAGAACAACAAUAAGCAAAAAAUAAAUAAGAAUGGAAGUAGAAAAUUUUCUAACCGUAGAAAGAGACUCAUUGAAACACAAAUGAAAAAGAAAAAUGAACAAGAAUACAUGAAUACAAUAAUAGUCUGUUUACUUUUUAGGAAAUAGGCAAAAGUGAAUUUCCAAUAUAAACUUAUAUAUUGAACUGAUGUGAUAAGAAAAGAGAAAUAGAGAUAAUAAAGUUGUGUAGACGAUGGAA